AAGGUCAAAGUCCACUUCUAACUUCUUCCUUCACGCGCUUCGCUUCGUCUUCCUUGGGUUUGAAAUCCUCAAAUCCAUCCAGAACGACCGAACGAGCAACCAAGAAAGAAAAAGCAAGCACAAACCCAUCCAAGAUUUUAAGCAAUUUCUCACCACUUUCUACUGUCUCCAUCUCCAUUUACAUUCUUAUAUACGACCCCUCCGUCUUCCUCCAUUUGGAACUCUCCAAACCCCAGCCCACCCCACCUCUCUUCUCUCUCUACACUUUUGCUUAUCGACGGCCGCCUGUGGAUUUAAGACACUCAGUGAAAGUUGUGUAUAAAUUUCGUUGCAAUCUUUCUGCACCUUUAGUUCUGCUUCUUCAGACAACCAGGUCCUACAUUUUGCCCAUCUACAAUGUUUGGUUUCAAGAAGUCUCCAUUGAACAAGCACUCUAAACAGAACUCGGUUGAACCUAAGUUGCCUGUCCAUCCUGGCUCCAACCCUUUUGAUUCUGAUGAUGAACCGGAUAGAAAGAAAGGCCUUAAUCCCUCACGGAGAACUUCUUCUGAACCUACACUAGUUAACUCAAAUUUUGGUACCAACCCCUUCGGUGAUGAUGAGGGAAAACAGACUUCAUCUUCAUAUUCACUUCCUUAUGCGGCAAGAAACAGAUACAAAAAUGAUUUCCGUGACUCUGGAGGAUUGGAGAACCAGUCUGUGCAAGAGUUGGAGAAUUAUGCUGUAUACAAGGCUGAAGAAACUACAAAUAGUGUCAACAGCUGCUUGAAAAUUGCAGAGGAAAUGAGAGAGGAUGCAACGAAGACUUUAGUCACUUUGCAUCAACAGGGUGAAAAAAUUACCAGAACCCACAUGGUUGCUGCUGACAUUGAUCAUGAUCUUGGUAGGGGUGAGAAGCUUUUGGGAAGUCUUGGUGGCAUCUUCUCGAAGACUUGGAAGCCAACAAAGACUCGCUCAAUAAAAGGGCCUGUCAUGACAAGAGAUGAUCUGGCUCAAAGAAGGGGCAAUCACUUGGAACAACGUGAGAAAUUGGGAUUGGUUACUGCACCUAAGGGACAAUCAAACACAAGAAUGUCCCCUCCUAAACCCACCGAUACACUGCAGAAAGUUGAGGUUGAGAAAACAAAGCAAGACGAUGCACUGUCAGAUCUAAGUAAUGUAUUGGCAGAGCUGAAGGAUAUGGCCGUUGACAUGGGAUCUGAAAUUGACAGGCAAACCAAAGCUUUGGAUCCUUUCUUAGAUGAUGUGGAAGAACUGCAUUUCAGAGUUAAAGGUGCAAAUCAACGCGGACGGCGGUUACUUGGGAAGUAGAGAAGGAAGAGUGCAGGGCAGCUGGUUUAUGGAAUGGCUUCUAGGCUUUUGCCUUGUUUCUACUCAUUUUUUCGUUGCUUGUUUUGUUUUGCAUACACUGCUCUCAUAAUCUUAUGAGGUUUGGACCCUCAUGAUGACAUCUUUGUUUUCUUCUUUUAGGCUUUGUACACAGUUACUUUUAACGUCUUAUUUGGAAAGUCCACAUGACCAUCGCUUUACCUCAUUAAUUUCUAUUGGUGCUGUUCUUUUGGA